GUAUUUAAAUGAAUCGCCUGUGGAACAGUACCAUUAGUACCAACGAAAGUGUAGCGGAUUGGAAAGAUCAAUCCUGAUCUGAGAGAGUAUCUUCUGUAGCCAUUUUCUGUUAGCGUUCAGUGUUUGUCGCCAUCGAUCGCAGCAUGGUGAACGUAGAAAAGCUCCAGUUGAUUCCACAAAGCGAAUGGCCCGAAUUGAGAAACAUUUACAAGCUGGACUGGCCGAAACAUGAGUUAGCUUACAAUACAAUUCAGAACUACAUCAAUUGGGUCAAAAUAGAUCCUCGAAUCAAGCAUCUGGAAGUUUAUAGUCUUAAUGGCAGUUGGAGGGUAAACGGAACUUAUAUGAUUCUGGAUCGCUACCAAAUGUUUUUCUACUCGAUCGAAGAAUCAAAUGCAUCGCUGGAGCGUGCUUUGCGCUUGAUCGACUGGGAUUAUAGCUACAAAGUGUGCUACAUAAGCCAUUGUCACCGUCCCACGCUCGACAUUGUGCUGAAAUCUCUAAACAUCGGUAUCCAGUGGGAUACUCCAUCCUAUCUGUACUACUAUCCCAAAGAAGAAUCCCUUAAACUGGAGAUAAAUUUACCGGCCGGCUUGAAGCUGAAGCGAUUACAAGUGAAGCACGCAGCCAUCGCCAACAAUUUCUGGCCGCACCGUUGCGAAGGUUCGGAAUACUUUCUGAAGCGGUUGGCAGCCUGGAACGUCUCCGUAGGACUGUUCAACGAAUCCGACGAACUGCUGGCAUGGUGUUUCUGUUGGCAAACGGGCGCUAUGGGUGCCCUAGAAGUGGUAACCGAACACCUCCGGAAAGGCUACGGGACGCUCAUCGUCAAAGCCAUUGCCCGAGAGCUUGCCCGUGUUGGACUAAACUGUUACGGAACUGUAAUAUGCACCAACAAAGCCUCCCAGGGAAUGUUUGAUAAACUUGGAUUCGAACGUACGGGUUCGUACCAUUUCGUUCGAACCCAACCGAGGAAAUUAUCGGAAUGGGCCUGCUGAAUGCCGAGUUUGUGUUAGUGAAGAAAAUGAAACUCGUGAUCGAAUUAUGAAUUGAUUUUUAUUUUGCUUUU